GGAAGUAGAGGUAUAAAUGCAGGACAAUGACCUAAUUGCGGACAGAGCGCUCACUGCUUUCUCAUCGGUCAUUCACGUCAGUUGAACUUCGAUAUUAUUCCCCAAAAAGUUGUCGAGUUCCCGUAACACCCUAAAUCCGGGAACACAAUCCAGUGCACCGAAUCGUAAAAACGCGAUCCCUGCAAAAGAGGGAAAAUUAUUCGGUGACCUAGGUAUUCAAGGUCAGUUCAAGGCCACGACUCGUCUCUCCAACCAUGAAGGCGAUAAAUUGGGUUCGUUGGCUGCUUGCGGCCUGUGUCUGCGCGUCUCUUUGGUCCGUGGCACUUGCCAGGUACAAAUACCGGAAUCAACAGCCCCCGAUAUACAAGAAAUCGUGGCCGACGGGACCGAGGAUAUCGAUGGGCAAUUCGGUUCACAUGAACGCCGGACCCCCCGGAUACAAACCGAACUACAAUCGUCCGAUUUAUAAGCCAACGAGUUACAGAUACCCUCCGCCAAAUCCAGUGCGGAGGCCGCCAAUGUUCGGAGCACCACCUUCUUGGAAAUCGCCGCCGAUGAUGGGUCCGCUUUCGAGUCAAGGAUCGCUGCCUCAGCGAGGACCAGUGAAGGAGUUCCACUCGAUGAACAAGGUGGCGGAAUACAGUCCGGAGUACAGACCAGACCAGGCGAUGUCACCGCCGUCGCAUCACGCGGCCCAAACGGACGACGACAAGGGUCCGAUCCACACAAUUCCGGCCCCGAAUCUGAGCCCGGCUGACAAGCCGUACAACCUGCAAUCGCAGGGCGAUUACCUGCCUUCCCCGAGCCAGGACUACGCGGCGUCAAUAUCACCUGCAGGAAAUCCCCAGAUCAACGUCUUCGGCACCUCUCCACAGACGCAGAGGGUCUCGACGAGUCCCUCGCCAAUUUUCCACCGCUACGAGGUGACGGAGACGAACGAGAUCGGGCACCAGGACUUCAGGACCUCGGCCCAGCCUGCGGCUUUCCUUACGCCGGAUUUCGACGUCACCAGACUGACAGCCGGUGGCGGAUCGGCCCAAAACGGCGACGUUUUUGCCGCUCUGCCGUCAAACACCGCCCUCGUCGGUUUCGGCCAGUCGAACGGCGCCAUGCAGACGAACCUUCACAGUUCUCUCCACGUCGGUUUUCCCGGCCAAGGAGUCGCGCCGCAAUCGACCGAUCAGCAGCGGAGUCCCGAACUCCACGUCGGGCAUCGGGCGCCGACCGAUCCACCGCUCUCUGCGAACCAGCUUUACGAUCUGCUCAACAGUUUCCCCCAGCAGGUUGGCGAACAGUACUCGACCACCCAGCAGCAGCAGCAACUCGAUCAGCUUUUCCCGGCUCAGUUCUCCGAGCCGCAGAUGCACUCCUUCAACUACGACGAGCAGGCCAACAAGCUGCUCCUGCAACAGCAACAACAGCAGCAGCAGCAACAACAACAACAGCAACAGCAACAGCAACAGCAACAACAACAACUUCAACAGCAGCACCAGAAUAUAUUCGUUGAUCGGGAUUACGGCAGCGGUCGAGUCACCGCUGAUUACAGUCUGGAACCCGACUCUCGCGACGCGGGUUUGACCAGGGUGACGGAGAACUCGGAGAACAGCGUUAUAGACACAGCCUACGAAGAUGUCAAACAGCCCCAACAGCACCGGCAGCAGCAACAGCAUCAAGGCGGCCAGUCGACGUACUUUGCGCAGGUUGGUGGAGAGGACGACGGAAGUAUGUCGACUCAGUUCUACACAACCCUGCCGAGCAGAGAGGCAGCGGAGAAAUUGGCGGCUCUGGCCGCAGCUGGGAACGUGAACAGUCAUCUUCUGGACCAGUUGAGGAAACAGCAGGCUUCUUCUUCGGUUCUUCCCCCGAAUCACAAGGAGGAACGUUACGAGGUCCGGGAUCCUGGGGAGGAUUUAGAGUCCAGGUAUCAGGAUAUUAGGUAUCUUCAACAGCAGCAGCAGCGGAAUGGGCAGAGAGAGGAUGAAACCCAAGGCGAUGAUGACGAUGAUCGACAAAACUCAGAGGGCAAGAGACCGCUGAGGAUAAUGGUGCCGGACCUGGAAGACUAUGGAGAAGAUGAAAAUGAACAGAGAAAUUUUAGGAAUGGUGAAGCGGACUCGAACAAGGGAGCGACGAUCAGGGAAGAGUACGAGUACGAUGACAAUCAGGAGGAGGAACAGCGAAUCGGGAAUAUGGAGGAACAGGAGGAGUACGGUCAGAAUCCAGACUCGGAAUUCGGAUCGCGUAUCGCAACUACAAAGAACCAGUGAUCAGGGAGCAAUAACUUGAGGGAGUUUUUGCUCAAACUUUUCUAUGGCUUCUACCGAGGAACAGUACAUCUGUGGGUUUUUUUUCACAUGUUUUGUCGACUUUGGAUUUUUCCGAAGAGAAAGGAACGACGUAUUUUUAUAAAAAACGAAACGGCGAGUUUUUACUUGCGAUACUUGAUUGAAUUGUUUUUUUUUUUUUUUUUUAUUUUUUUUACUUUUUGAAAGUUUAGUUCUUACAAAAACCACAACAUUUAUCAACGGUAAAGAAUUUGCACUUUGGGCAACACAAUUUAAUUUAUUCGUGGAUAACGAUAUUUCGCGAUUUCAAGUUCGUAUACAAGAGGAAGAUGGAGAGAAAAUAUUGUUCCAACGUAUCUCGCGAACAAUAACAUUUGAAAAAAUUUUCAGUUCUUCUUAAUUUUUUUGGCAAAUCCAUUUGAGAAACGGUGCGCAUCAUAAGUGGACAAACCAUCACACAAACCGUGUGGAAGAUUGAUCCUCGAUAGGAUUUCAUACCUCGUACUGAAUUAUUUGGAGCUAUAAUAAUAUUAAUUGAUUAUUUAUUUAUUUAUUUGUUCACUAAUGUAUUUAUUAUAUUAAAUUUAGUAGUUUAAAAUAAACCAGACCCGAUGUUUCGCAAUAUCAUCGAUACUGUUAUUUUCCCACCUUUUUACCCACUAAACCUUCCGUUUUCCAUUUUAGACUUUUUUUUCAGAUCAUUCUGUAUGUACAGAUUACGAAUUGUAAUACAAUUAUGUGGUAUUUUCUAUAAUUACCAUAAUCAAGAGCUUAAAAAUACUUGUCAAAUAUUCGGUACAUAUUGUAUGCUAUACAUACAU